CUAAACAACGGAAGCAAUAAACCGAAAAGUUGAACAUGCAAAAAGCUGUCUUGAUAUUCCUAAGCCUAUUAGCGCUUGGCCAUGCGGCUACACUCUAUGCGGAUGCGGAUUCAACAACUUCUGAGCCGGUUAGAGAUUCAACUACAGCUGCUCCAGUUGAAACAACUGUGGCGGAUCAAACAACAGCUGAUGCAGCUAAAACCACUGUUACUGCUGAUCCAGUUCAAACAACUGUAACUCAACCUUCGGGUCAAACUACUGCUAAUCCUGCUGAAACAACUGUAACUCAGACUCAAACUACACCUGUUACAACUAAGCCUGGAGAAUGUUUAUAUCCCACCCGAGCCUGGGGUGUUCCAGAUCUGCGUGAAUUUGCGUUCUGUAAGGACGGCGUGGCUCAAGUCACCCAGUGCAAUGAGGAUGAAUACUAUGUGAGCAAUGAUCUGGUUUCCGGUUGUCUGCCUGCUGACAAAAUGGAUCCCCAAUGCGUCAAUCUCGACAUCACGGUGGGUCCCUGCACGGGCAAGAAUCUGUUGCAACCGCAGCCAAGUGAGACUCUGACUAAUUUCUGGUUCUGCGAGAAAGAGGGAGCGGAGCCCGUGGAGUGCACCUGUGAACAAAACAAGGCGUUCCUUAAGCAGGGCGGUUACUUGGGUUGCUUCGAGUGGCCGGAGUGGCGCAAAUUGCGCGGUUGCCAAACCUAUUAAGGCGAUAAUAGCCAUAAAACAUAAUCAUGUCCAGCGUUUAAAUAGAUAACCCAAAUGUCCAGCAUUUUAAUUACGUUUUUUAUAUAUACCGGACUUUAUCUUGAUUAAAUAUUUUCCGUAUGGAAUAUAAAUUAAUUUUCAAUUGAUUACAAAAUAAUUAACCGAGGCAAUUGUUAAUAAAAUAGUUUGAUAAGAUUGAACCUAUAGAUAUGCCACAACCUCACACAUAUCAAUAAAUCUUGAUUUUCUUUCUUUUA